CACUUUUCUUCCACGCCUCUCUUUUGGUCUCUACCCCGUUUUGUCUCUUUCUUUGCUUUCUCGUUAUCUUCCCUUACUGACAGACCACUGACCUGCUUUUCUCACAGACCCAGCGACCGAGAGAGAGAGAGAGAGUUUGAUGACCGAGUUUAACGUGAUGGAGUGGGAGAAGCAGGGAGGACAUGACCGUCAUCAUCACCAUCAUCAUCAUCAUCAGCAGCAGCAGCAGCCGCAGCAAGAGAGGGAAGAGAAUGGGAGUGUUGGUAAUAUCGACGUUAAUGGGAAUGGGAAUGGUGGGAUGUUGUAUGUGAAGGUUAUGACGGAUGAGCAGUUGGAGACUCUUCGCAAGCAGAUUGCUGUUUACGCCUCAAUCUGCGAGCAACUAGUUGAGAUGCACAAGAACCUCACUGCCCAACAAGAUCUCGCAGGAGUGAGGCUGGGCAAUAUAUACUGUGACCCUUUAAUGACAUCUGCUGGCCACAAAAUUACUUCCAGACAGCGGUGGACUCCAACACCUGUACAGCUUCAGAUUCUGGAGCGUAUAUUUGAGCAAGGGACUGGAACCCCAAGCAAGCAGAAGAUCAAAGACAUAACCUCUGAACUGAGUCAGCAUGGCCAAAUUUCAGAAACAAAUGUCUAUAAUUGGUUCCAGAACAGGCGUGCUCGAUCAAAACGGAAGCAACAAAAUGCAGCAUCGAACACUGCUGAAUCAGAAGUAGAGACAGAAGUUGAUUCACCUAAAGAUAAGAAGACAAAACCAGAGGAAUUUCACUCCCAACAGAACUCAGAUCCUAGGGCUGAAGAUUUGUGCUUCCAGAACCCAGAGAUAAGCUCUGAUUUGCACUUCUUAGAUCCACAGAGUAGUAAAGAAGAGACUAUGUUUCCUACAGAUGGCGGCUUAAAACCUGCUAGAGGCUUAGGCCAGCUCUCCUUUUACGAUGGUUUGCUAACAAAUCCAAGAAACGACCACCUGACUGGAAAGAUGGAAGUGCCAGGGAGCUAUAGUAUUUAUCACCAUUCAGAAGAUUAUGGCAUGUAGUUUGACACUCAUUUUGUCCAGCAUUGUUAUUAUACUUGACGAAGUUAUAUUGUCACUAGAAGCCAUGUAGAUCGCAGAUUGUGGUUUUUGGGCUUGCAAGCAGCAAUCAGUGCAAAUCGAUUCCGUCGAACCUAUAUAUAUAUAUAUAUCUCGCCUAACGUAGUAGAGUGGAGUCAUAUACUUAUGGUUCAGCUUCAAUGAUACGAAUGAACUGAAAGCUGGAGUGUAGAUAUACCAGUAUGGCAUCAUAAUUUGGGACUGGUUUUUUGCUUUUGACUGAUUAAUUUUGAGUUGCUUCUGUCUUUUGUUAACAGAGUGGGCUUAGAUAUGUCUUGAGCAGUUUAAAGGGGUAUUGAUGAUGAUGUUAAGUUUCUUUUAGACUUACAUUAUGAUAGCUUUGUUUGCAAGGAAACAAUUUGGAUGUUUGCCUAUUUCACUUUUUGACAUUUUGCACCAAAGAUGAAGAGUUUCACAUGAGUGUUGUUUCAAAGGGGAGCAGCUAAGCGCAAUCAAAGUGGCCGCUAAUCAUGAUGAUUA